AUGCAGUCAGAGGUCUAUCUGUCCUCCCAUGGCCAGGCUGCAAGGACACUCGCCCUCAAACCUUGCGGCACCAACCGCCUCAACCCUUCCUCCCAGGGGAACAUCCUUUACUUCUCCCCUCACGACGAACACACCCAGACUGGUCUCCUCAAAGUCGCCGUCAGGCUCGAGCCCGCUGCCGACUUUCACCAGGGCUUCUACAGAAAAGUCCACUCCCGUCCCGUCUACGGCUGUCUCGGCCUCAUGCACCACGCCAACGACACGUUCAUUGCGCUGGUCACAGGAUGCACAAAGGUCGGAGACCUGCGCCUGGGCGAAUCUGUCUACAAGAUCAUUGCAGUCAAGUUCUUUUCUCUGACAGGGGAGACUCCGGACGAGGAUAUGAUCCCUGCACCCGCCAAUCCUGAGUAUACCAGUGAUACAGAGGGGCCAGGAACGCUUCAAUUGCAGGAAAAACAAAGCGCAGAGACCAACCAAAACUAUGACCAAAGCUAUCUUUGGAAUCACUUCAUGCUGUCCGAACUAUUGACCUUCCGGUCCCACCUCGACGAACAGGAGCGAGAAGAACUGGACAUUGGAGGCUUGUUGGUUCAUGUCAUUCAAGGAUACGUUGGAUGCCAGCCCUUCAGGACUGCGACGACACAGGGACAGAUUUCCGUGAUCUCGAGGCUCAGCUCACGGCGCGCAGGCACACGCUACAACACUCGCGGGAUUGAUGACAAUGGAGACGUAGCCAACUUUGUCGAGACCGAGACGAUAUUGUCAAACCCCGAGUGGUGUUUCGCUUAUACCCAGAUCCGCGGAAGUGUGCCAGUGUUUUGGGAGCAACAAGGAUUACAGCUGGCGAGCCACAAGAUUCAGCUUUCGAGAGGAAGCGAUGCGACAAAACCAGCAGUGAAAAGGCAUUUUGAGGAGCUGAUUCAGAAAUACGGGGACGUUCAUAUUGUCGACCUGUUGGGUAUCAAGGACCAAGGCGAGAUCACCCUCUCACAGGAAUACAGAGGGCAGGUUGAGGCUCUCAAGCCGAUUUUGAAGCACCUCCAUAUGACGCGGUUCGACUAUCAUUCCCAAGUCAAGGGCGGCAACUAUGAGCAAGUCCAGAACUUGCUGCAGCAUAUCCGCGGCGACUCAGAGCGCUAUGGAUACUUUUACCACGAUCUCCUCUCUAAUUCUAUCAUCCAGACUCAGCGCGGUGUUUUCCGUACUAACUGUCUCGACUGUUUGGAUCGCACGAACGUGAUUCAGAGCAGCUUGUCAAGAGAAGCGACCGAAUACUUGAUCCACAACCUUUUCCCUCAGGACAGCCGGUUCUCUAGUCUGAUGGCGAUCCACUCUCAACUCUGGGGCGACAAUGGCGACAUGCUGUCUAAGAUCUACACAGGCACAGGUGCACUCAAAUCGGAUGUCACUCGCUCGGGCAAAAUGUCCUUUGCGAGCAUGCUCGGCGACGCCACUAAAUCCAUCAACCGUUUCUACAUCAACAACUUCCAGGACAAGGAUCGUCAAGAAGUCAUUGACAUCCUCUUGGGAAAAAUGUCACAUCAAAGCCCGGUGACCAUCUACGACCCUGUUCACGACUCGAUCGCAUCGGAAGUGAAGGCGCGGUUAGGCGAAUAUUCGCAGAAGGUGCAAAUCGAUGUCUUUGUGGGAACCUACAACCUCAACGGAAAACCACCUUCUGAGGAGAACCUUGAGCCUUGGCUCUGUUUCGACAAAGAUGUACCGGAGCCUGACCUCUAUGUGAUUGGAUUCCAGGAGAUUGUAAAGCUUACGCCAAAGCAGAUCAUGGCUACGGAUGAAGGCAAGCGACGAGUUUGGGAGCAAGAGAUCGAGAGGACGAUUAACCGCCGAGGAGGAGCGCGCUAUGCCCAACUUCGCUCAGGACAGCUGGUCGGAGCAGCCUUGAUGAUCUAUGCAAAGGAGUCCAGCCUCCCUUUCAUCCGCAACGUGGAAUGUGCCAUUAAAAAGACAGGAAUGGGUGGAAUGGCAGGCAACAAAGGAGCUGUGGCCAUUAGGAUGAACUACUAUGAGACCGAGCUUUGCUUGGUGACAUCACAUCUUGCUUCCGGACAGGAAAAUCUCCAGGAGCGCAACAACGACUUUCAUACUAUCAACAACGGCCUCACUUUUGCAAGAGGUCGUAACAUUGCCAGCCACGAUAUUAUCCUUUGGUGCGGAGAUUUCAACUAUCGCGUCGAUAUGGAAAACGAUCAGAUCCGUGCGCUGGUCAGCCAGGGCAACUAUUUUGAGAUUUUCCGCUGUGACCAGUUGAAGCGCUCGAUCGAUUAUGGAGAGGCGUUCUAUGGAUACAAGGAGGGCAUCAUCGCAUUUGCACCCACCUAUCGUUAUGACAUUGGCACCAACAACUACGACACCAGUGAAAAGUACCGAGCACCUGCCUGGACUGAUCGCAUUCUUUACAAAGGAAGAGAUAUUUACCAAACGAGCUACGAUCGCGCAGAGUUCAGGACGUCCGAUCACAGACCUGUGAUGUCGAUGUUUGUGUUGGAGUUGACGAUGCUGGAUUCUCAGGCCAAGGAAAAGAUGGAGCAGACACUUUACCGUAACAGCUCCGUCAAGUCAGUGGUCAGCAAGGAACGGCAGCCCGCAGGAAAUGGGUUCACGCGUGAUGUUGAGCUCGGUGGUAAGCUGAUUGCGUCCAAUCAGUUCGGCAUGUCCUAUGACCGUGUUCCUCAAAGCACCGGCCAAAAGCCUAGCUCGGAGAGCCAUCAAUGGUGGAACGAUCCAUUGGAGGACACGGUCAGAAGGGUCCCCUCCAAUAAGAAGAACCCAUUCGAAGGAGACAAGACCAUUACCGACACCAACGGUACCAGCGCUAAGGCGGUGCCACCUAGACAAGGUGCCGGAUCUCCUACCCCGUCCUCUUUGGCAUCCAGACCAGCCCCAAGUCCACCUGCCAGGAAGCCUGCUGUCGAUCUCCUUGGAGAUAUCGACAGCAGCUCGCCUGUGUUGCCCGUCAUGUCUCCAACUGCAGGCAGAGGACCUGGCUCCAAUGGCACAGUGUCACCCUUGCCAUCGGUCAAAAAGUAUGCACCUCCACCACCCGCGAGCCGCCGAACAGGAUUGCCUACACUUUUGCCAGCUUCCUCCGUCAUUCACAAAGACGGUGCCUUCCGACGACCAGCUCCUCCGCCACCCAAGAAGUACGGUCUCCUUCGAGGCACUGAGGGAGACAAACAGGAUGCCACGGAGGAUGACGACGAAGAUGACGACGAAGAUGACGACGAAGAUGACGAUGACGACGACACUGACUCGCAUGUGGGUGCCAAUUCUGAGCCAGCUCUUGUCGACAUCCCUAGCAAUCCGGUAGUAUUUAAGCAGGACAAGACCAGGGAGAUCAAGGAAGAAAAGCAGCCGCAGAAGGAGGUUGUGAAGAAGGACGACAGCAAAGCAGACCGCCCCAGCCCGAAGUUGCGCGAAACCGAAACCCUUUUGAAGCCAUCUCAGCUCAAGAAUCAGCAGCCAGGGACAGCUGGAACCCCAUUCACCGGCAACAAGUCGACCCCUGUUCCGAACAAGAUAGCAGAGAAGAAUGCAGCAGAGAUUGGAAUCAUUCGGCCGGCACUGUCAAGUGUUUCGUCCAUCUCCUCCAACUCUUCGUCAACAGCAGCUUCACCGGUCUCCUUGGCCACGGUAGCAACCAACAAGUCCAAGGUGCUGUUGCCAGGUCUGGAUCCAAGGGGCAAAGGAGGCAGUGGCCGACACGCGGCGAUUGCGUCGAUGGGAUUGGGUCUUGGAUCUGCGGGUAUUGAGUCCCCUAGCAAAUCGGACUCUGGGCUAGAGAGCCCAAGUCUACCCAGCGUGCAACAGCGAACCAAGAACUACAACAAUAAGUCUGGCGAGUUUGAGUCUACUACGUCUUCCUCGACGGCGAUGACAGGUGGCGCCAAUGCAGGAUUGCCCGGCAAGGCCGCACCCAAGGUCAAGAGUGCAGUGACAGUGGUCAACAAGGAGGAAAAGUCAGAGGAGUCAGCUGCACCUCCCCCUUCGGUCUCUCAGCUGAAGAAGUCGUUUGGGCCUCCUGCUGUCAACACUUCCAGCAAACCUGUCGGUGGCGGUAUCUCGGGAUCUACCGGGGUCAAACUGGCAUCUGUUGGUUCUACGGCCCCUGUGGCACCAUCAGCCCAUACCCCUGGUGGUGACCGUCACGUCUUGCCUGUGAUCCCCACGGUCAAGCCGCUGUCGUUCGCUGGCUCUGCAGGAACCGCGCCAGCUACAAAGGCGGGACCAGCGGUGUCCUCUAUGGGUGUCGCCAAGGUCGGAGGUAGUCAUCAUCAUCAACAUGGAACUGCUGCCAACAAGGUCAAGAUGGCGGGGUUGGGGUCUGCCCAGUCCGGGUCUGUCCUUAAACCAUCUGGAGCUGAUCAGGAGCAACAAAAGUCAGUGUCAUCACCGGCCGCAGCAACAGCAGCUACGAUGAAGAGUGAAACGGGAGGAGCAAAAAAGAUUGUCAAAUCUGAAGGAUCGGUGGAGGAUGUGAAGCCUGCGAGUGGAUCUGUCAAGCAGGCGAUUGCGUCCCUCAAGGCGAAUACUGGAACCGGUGCUGAGGAUGGCGGGGUCGGCGGAGAAGAGGAAGGAGAUGAGAAGGUGGACGCGUUUGCGUUCUGGAAAAGCAAGUAG